AUGACCGUUUAUACACUUUUAGAAGAACAGGCCGCUCGACAGAAACCCUCCUACAAAAAAUGGUGCAUCAUUGGCAUCAGCUUAACCGCUGUGGCAGUAGCUGGUUACUUUGUAUUCACAUACCCAUCCAUUGAAAGUGACCACGAUGCUGUGCCAGAGGUGAAUACCCCCAUUCCAGCCAGAUCCAUCAACUUUACUGUGCCCACACAAAAACAGCUCUACUUUGUGGACCUGGACAAAUACACCAUUGAAGACAACCUCAUCCAGGCGUUCCAAAAGAACAUUGCCGAUCAUAUCAAGCAGAUCACCAUUGAGAAGCUGCUGCAAUUGCACUACAAGAACCAAACAGCUGUAGCCUGGAAGGAUCGCUGGCUCAGCCAAACCACCACUGCAGACAAGACAGCCUUUUCUUGCGACAACCAGCCAUUACCAUACCCCAUUCUUCGCCAUCUGGCAAAAGAGUACUUUCCCAUCCAGAAUGCAGACAGCUUUUACGACGACGGCGAUGAUACAGGAUUUAAUUACGCUCGGCCCACGCUGAUCCUGCCAUACGCAAAGCAACCCAAAUUGGUUCAGGGUCAGGAGCUAUGCAUCCGCAUCAUGGUGCCAUAUAGGAACGUCGGCAAGGACGAUAUCCACCGCCUGCUGUACCGACCCUACCCCCAAAACAAUGCUCAGCUUUCCAGCCCAUGGUGGGACACCAUGAUGACCACGCUGACCGACAAGGCCACCAAUGCUAGUAUACCUAUUCAUAUGCAGCCCUGGCGUGAACAUCGCAUUUUGCGCCAACGAGCUCGAGAUCUCAAACAGGUCAACAACCAGAUCCCAGAGUGGGCACGACUGAGAGAGGAUGAGCUGUAUGAGAGAGAGCGUAUGCACAUUUACGAGGCGCAGAUCAACCUGCCUCACCAAGGAUCUUGGGAAUUGUCCAGUAUAUUGGAGUUUGUCGAAGCACGUUACAAUUUCGAAUAUGGGCCUGUCUCACCCUACUCACCAAUCCAGAUACCUGUGUUCCCCACUGGUCUUGAAUAUAUAAAUAUCACCUCUAAUGCGGCACCAAAGCAGAAGCAACCCAAGGGUAAUCAGGACAUUCUGGAGCAACACCUAGCACUGCCUCUCUGUAAAGGCUUCAAUAACCCUGGACGAUGGCUGCCGUUCCCUAAAAAUAGCUCUUAUUCAGGCGAGGCUGCAUUAGCGCAAGUGGCAGGUCUAACUCGAGAUGGUAAAUACUGGGCUCCGUAUUCAUGUCGUUUGCGCCACCUCUCGUACGAGCAAUUUAACCGUUGUGCCUCCAAGAAGUAUGCUCGAGGUAUCAAUCUCUAUGGUGACUCCAACAUCCGCAGAUCCAUCAAAAAGUUCUUGAGCCAUGGCCAAUGGUGCAAGAAUUGGGAGCAGCACAUCACAUCACCCCUCUUGCCUGACAAUGAAAAGCCCAUCAUCAACUCGUCUUACAUGGCACGUCGUGAUGAGCCAGCAACCAUAUUCGACGAUGGAAGCUACGCAUCGCCCAAGGACUACAGAUACACCGAAGAGUCACAGACACGCAGUUGCUAUUGUGAGGAUUUCAGUGAGAAUCAUUGGAACAGAGAAUGGUUUGAUCCCAUGGCUAGACGGUUUGAUCUCGUCUACAGCAACAAUGAAACAGAGUCAAAGGCAUUGGGCAUCACGGAAUGGGACGACAAGCCUGCCAAUGGAUCCACUGUACAGGCUCACAAGGAUAGUUUCCGUGUGAGCUCCUACAAGUGGGAUGGCCUCACCUACCUCAAUAUUCCCAGCUGGGAUGAAGCUGUGCCCACCAGUCCUCGCGAUGUGGAUGUGGCCAUCUUCUCUCUGGGUAACUGGGACGCUGCCUUUGCCGAGCUGGAGCCCUUUUUAAAGGAUGUCGAUCGUCUGAUCCGCCAAAUCAAGGAGUUUUAUGACCUCACCAAAACCAAGGUGAUCUACCGCACAGCGCAGUAUUACUGUUGUAGAAUUGAUGUCUCUGAACGCACUCGCCAAGUGAGUGGUCCCAGAAUGGAGUCAUUUGAACAGGAGGUGCAAACUCGCUUCAAGAACGAAUUGAAGGCUGACAUCUGGGACACGUAUACACUGGGAGAGAGCAGAACAUGGGAUGAAAAGAUCAUUGGUAUUACCUGUCCCUCCAACCAUGUGCCAGCUGAUCAAGUAGACAUUGAAAAUCAAAUUUUAAUGAAUGGUCUUUGCAAUCUUUAG